GAAAGAGAAAAGCUCCAAAAUUAUGUCCCCUUACCUACCUACCUCCAAUUAUGAAUCUUGUCUACAAAAAUGCACUAAAUCUCUAUCACUUUGGUAAAUAAGAUCUUGAGAAAGAUCUCGUAUUGACGCGUCCUUUCUUGAUGUGCAUAACAGAACAUACAUUUCAUUUUUUACAGCGCGUAAGUAUGAAGCAAGAGGCCUAGUAACAGGAGAGACACAUGUUGUAAAGAUUAAGAUGGGAUAGUGUGGAAACAUUGGAGACUAGACCAGCUCUCGGAAUUUUCGCUAUGCUAAUCACUAGCUAACAAAAACAUUUCCCCAACUAAAUCCCAGACUAUUUAGGAGUGGGUGUUGUGGGAAGCAGACAAAUAGAUGGAACAGAAUUUAUAUAUUUUAUAGCAUAAAACUGGUUACAAAAAUAUCUGUGACACUGUUUGUGGUGUACUAACCACCAAAGCUGAAUAUUGAGCAAUGUCCUGCCUAAAUAGCAAUGUAUCCAUCCAUACUAAAAUAAUUUAUAUCUGAAGACAAAAUAAUAAUUUAACGUUAUUGGGUUUUGGAGGAAAAGGUCAGAGAACAUUGGAUUAAAACAAAGCAAUUUUUAGACCUGUCCUGAGUGCACUGGUUGUCUCUCUUUUGUGCAGUUUAAUUUUUAGUUUGAAGUCUAUAGUAGACUUGUGCACAGUGAGAAAAUUUGACUUGUCCAGGCCAUUUGUUACAAAAACAGACCCUUUUUUUGUGAAGCUCAAAUUUUUACCAUAUGUCAGUUCAUCUUGGUACCGAAAAUUCAAUUCAGGAAACGAAUCAGACAAAAAUAAUGGGUGCAAAAAUAGUCCAAAAAUAGGCCAACCAAUGAACAACAUAAUUAUGUGUUUGCUUUUACAUACACUGAUAGGAGCGUUUUUUCGCAAUUGGUCCACAAAUCAAGUGAGAAAAAGUAACCAACAGAAGAAAACCAGGAGGAGCAGUAACAAAAUAAAUCAUUGUAAAGGAUCCUUCUAUUCGUGCAGUGCUGAGUCCCUGUAGCUUCUCUCGAAAUCCCGCUGAAACAGAGUGAUUAUAGCUUCCAAGCCCCCAAACAUGAGUCGAGACUUCAUGAAGGGGUAAAACGAUCUGAUUUAAUGGGGGCUACCUGCCCGGUAUUUAUGCAGGUCUCCCACCUGGUGGACACUCCCCUAGGGGACCAGAUGGAAGACUGGGACAAAAGAAUUACAGUAGCCAAUCGCAGUGGCUAUAACAUAAGCACUCCCCUUUUACAUAGGUCAUUCCCUUCUUUCCAUCCUGGAGAUAAUUAACUUAAGGUAGUAAAGAGAGCCUUAAUUAAGCCAAGAAACAUGGCUUUUCCCAUAUUCACAAAACAGCAUAAAAAUCUAUAACUUAUAUUUUACUGAACAUAAACUUUAAGUCCUACAUACCCCCAGAUAGCUUGGAUCUGAGUGCAUAUUCUAGGCGAAUAGCGCUCAGAUCCCACGAACACAGUUCUCAACAAUGUCGAAUGAAGUUUGUACUUCACCAGCCGUUCGCGUGUCUGUAUCCGACAAAGAGUUCCACACUGUAGCUAUCUGGGGUCGGUCUCUUUCGUAUAAAUCCAAGUCCCGAACGGUGCAAUGUCUCUGGCAUUCGUGUGUUUUCAGCCGUAUGAACGAGGACCUUGGUAGGUAUCAGCGGUGUUCGGCAGAAUAAGUAUCCAAAAAAGAGUUCCAGGGCAUCGCCGCCAUUUACCGCUGGGCGUUCGACAAUUUAAAAUGGCGACUGCCACGUGUUCGGCAGACGAACGUGGACCACCAAGCUAUUCCCCAAUUACUAUGUGGUUAACCGCAAAGUCUGGGUGGUUAAUGGGCACCACACGACCUCAGUAGGAGGUCGGGUGAUUCGCCAGUUUAUUCGUUUUAUUGCUAUUUGCACGAAAUUACCCCACACACGUCUAAAUAACCGAACAGGCUGGUUCGCAUAGUCUGUUUAAUAAGGGAUUUCGUUACAAUCAUUAUUUAUAUGUUCAAUACAUAAUAUUAGAUAUAUAAUAUAUAAAUAUUGGUUUUUUUUACUGGUCCUCCUGUUCUCUCUAUUGGUCAUUUCUCAAAUGACCUGUGAAUAAAACAUCCACAGGCUGUGCCCUAGCCAUCGAUCAUCUUUUUUUCCCCAUCAUUCAUCUCUUUUUGUAUUGCCACAGGCAGAACCCAGAACCAUAAAAUGAAAUGAACAUGCUUGGCCGUUGUGCAAUUCCUUUUGUGAUUCAGGUACAUUUCAGCUCGGAGUUCGGGAAUUUAACCGAUCAUCCAAUAAACUCAAAUUGCAAUUCUAAAACAUAUCUCUAAGUCAAGUUUAGAGUGUGCUCACAUGAGUGAAACAGUUGUCUCCGGUUGCUACCAAGUGCAAAUCAGUGUAAUAGCAAACUCUGUUAAUGCACUUUCUCUGUCAGUGUGAACUCUAGAGUUCUCUCGUGCCGGUGUAGCUGUGAUAGUAUGGUUUACUAGUUACUAUUCCAGAUGUUGCAUUUCAUACAUGUUCGAUCUUCAAAUCUGCAGGUUAAAUUGCUGGCAAAGUCACUUCAGUAAUUCACAUAUCCCUGCAGAAACUUGGGUAUUUACAACAAGUAAACUCCAAGACGUAUCUGAAAACUGAAAGUAUUAAUACUUUUUGUAUAAUACUUAAUAGUGAAAUUUGAAAAAAAAAAAACAUGCGCACAAAUUAUAUAUAAAAUAUAAUGAUAGAUAGAUAGAUAGAUAGAAUAUGAAAUAUUCAAGUACAAAUGAGGUACUUACUGAAACAGUCAUCAAUCUCACUUUCUUUUUUUUUUCUUCGUUUUUAAAACGUAAAAAAAAUGCACAUUUUACCUGGGUCUGAGCAUGUUUUAAGCAGCUCUUAAACAUAAAAUGAGACUAUAAUUUGGGUGGAAAUUACCAUUUACUGUUGUUAACACGUGUUCUCCCAACCACUGUCUGUAAUAGCAGGGAGCAAGCAUCAAUUUACAGACUUAGAAUUAAAGUUCUAAAUAUACCUUUGAACCAUUAAAAUGUCCGAUGUGAACUCUCAACAAAGACAUGCAAUAAACAUUUCAGUUUAUAUCUACAUGUAGUGCCAAUAUGUACGAGUUCACUGGCCAAACGUAUGAGUAUUAUUUAUUUAUAAAAAAGCACCAGCUAAUUAACUACUUAUAACGCUUCACCUUAUUGUAUUGUGAGACAUCCAAAAACAAUGCAUAAUUCAACGUUUAAAUAAUGGAAAUGUUAAAUCAAAAGUGGAAAGUCCUGUAUUUUUGUCAGGAUGCAAUAUACUGUAUGAAUGCAUCAGAGAAAAUCUUUUUUUUUUUUUUCUGUAAACCAGGAGUCGUACUGGCUUGACAACCACAUAUGGUUUCAAACCAAAUCAACAACGUUUGAUUAACAAAAAAAGCCGGGUACUUGUUUUUGAAUGUUUUUUUAUUUUUUAUUUUGUUUACAACAUGACUUUUAUUUUGUUUAGUUUACCGCACAGCAUUUCACAUUAUAAUUUUUUUUAAAUUAAAACAUAUUAUUAAAGGAACACUUUAGGCACCAUAACCACUACAGUACUACAGUAAGCUGUAGUAGCAAUGGUGCAAGGAGACCCCUGGCACCAUCCGAUGGUAAGUAGUAAAACAAUUUGACACUUAGAUGAAAAGUAUCUCUCUCUGGAGCCUGCGAUGCUUAUGAUCUGAGCUGGUGUGGUAAUGCAAAAGUUCUUAAAAGGAUUGAUUGUCUAAUGUGAGACACCCGGCACCAUAAUCACUACAAUGUACUAAAAGGUUGGGGUCCUUAGAAUGAUGAUCCUUUAACAUUCCAUUAGUAAACUUACAAUUCAAAUAUUCAAAUAAAUAAGGAUAAUUAUUGUAAGACAGACAGUGAUGGUUAUCCUUGAUAUCCCUGAUUAUCUACAUUUCUGUGAAGUUCAAACAGUUCUAAGACUGGAUGAGCAUUGUGGUAAAUGUAGUUCAGAUACAUGUGGAGUGCUAAGCAUAGCCACCACUGAAUAGGAUACAAAUAAGCAACAAUACACGGUUUGCAUGUUAUUUUUCAAUGUGUCCUUACUAUUAUGAAAUACAUUUGACAAGAGCCAUAUACGUAUAAUGACAUAGCACACUGAUUUUGCAUUAUUACUACCUAAAGCCACUUUAUGGGAAUUAAACCAGCCGGAGGUGGGGUGUCUGUGUGUAUUGGGGUGUCUAUGUGUAUUGGGGUGUCUGUGUGUAUUAGAGUGUCUGUGUGUAUUGGGGUGUCUGUGUGUAUUGGAGUGUCUGUGUGUAUUGGGGUGUCUGUGUGUACUGGAGUGUCUGUGUGUAUUGGAAUAUCUGUGUGUAUUGGAAUGUCUGUGUGUAUUGGGGAGUCUGUGUGCAGCAGUAACGCAGCCAUUAAAAUGUUUGCAGGUCGUUACUAGUUCAGCAUUAUAAUGUGCAUCAGUUGACGGCACACAAUCUUAAUGAUCGUUGGACCUGGACUUGCCCAUUGGGUCAUUUACCAGUGAAUUGCAGUAUUCCAAUUCCAAUAAGUAUGGCUGACAAUUGCAGUGAGUAUUUAUGAAGUCCCUGGAUCAUUUUGCUAGUGUCAAUAUGGUGAAAUGAGAGAGGUCACAUUACAUUAAUAGGACUUGUAGGUUGUCAUUGGUGACAAUAAUGACAUGGGAAACCAUGUCUGUAUCUCUAAGACAUGCACAGGUCUCUUUGGAAGCUCUGUCAUGCUGUACAAUCAUAACUGGAGGUUGUAAAGCAUAAAAACAGUAUUUUUUUGUACUUGCCUCAUGCCAAUGGUUGUCAGCCUCCUUUAGUCGAUCAUACUUAAACUGACAUUAUAGUCACCAAAACAACUUCAGCUUAAUGAAGCAGUGUUUGUGUAUAGAUCAUGCCUCAGAAGUUUUAUUGCUCGAUUCACAGCCAUUUAGUAGCUAAAUCACUUUUGUUUCUGUUUAUGCAGCCCUAGCCACACCUCCCCUGGCUGUGACUGACACAGCCUGCAUGAAAACAAAAUGGUUUCACUUUCAGUCAGAUGUAACUUACCUUAAAUGUUUUUAUCUCCUGCCCUGUAAAUUGAACUUUAAUUACAUACAGAAGGAACCUGCUGGACCUAACCAGCUAUUAACAGAACAGAAGAUAAGAAACUGUCACUUAAAGAGAAUUAGCUGUAUAGGAAGUGUAAACAAUAGAUGACUCUUUACAGGAAAUGUUUAGGAAAGCUAUGUAAGUUACAGCCAGGGGAGGUGCGGCUAGGACUGCAUAAACAAAGUGAUUUAACUCCUAAAUGCCAGAGAACUGAGCAGUGAGACUGCUGGGAGAUGACCUAGAAAACCAAUACUGCUUCACUAAGCUAAAGUUGUUUUGGUGACUAUAGUGUCCCUUUAUAUAUAUAUAGGUCUGCAUCUAGUACAUUUGGAUGAGCUUUUUAAAUUAAUCAAUAUUUUUGGAUAAAUGUUUUAAAGUAAUUAAUUAUUUUAAUAUUUCGAUUUUUCUAUAUGUUGAUAUGAAUCAUUUAAAAAAUGUAACCAAAAUUAUUAAAUCAUUAGAAAAGAUUAGCAAACAAUAUUAAAUUGGGGCAGUGCAUGCUCACACAAAUACUGGAAAAUACAAAGACUCCCAUAUGCUCUUACGUUACAUUCCCCUGAGCUUCCUGAACAAUAACAGGUGAAACUAGUUUGAACUAAUGCGCUUUAUAGUGAUUGCUGGGAGGAAGGGAGUUAAACGAACACAGACAGCUGCAUCACAGAGCAAAAAUAACAAAACUAAAUUAUGACUUGCUUGGGAAAUCAAAAUUUUAUCCACCAUUAUACCGCCACCUUGGUUGAUUAGACUCACCGGGAUACCUAAUGCGCUGGCCCUGUCGAAGCCCUGUACUACAGGCUAGCAUCAUAUAAUCACUGUAUAGUCAGUAACAGCAUUUGGCUUGCGGAUUAAGCCUUAGAUAGGAUACAACUAGGCUGCCUUACACCUGGGGUACCCUGCUAGAACCUACUUCAUUUCUGUGACUCAGGGAGGGCAUGAUAUUAGCAACAGGUAAAUGCUAUGUCCCAACCAAUAAUGAGUUGUUUUAAAUAGAAAUAGGUUGAGAAACAAUAAUGGAAAGCCAAAAGCAACAUUUUCAAAAUAUAUCGAAUGGUUUAAAGGAUACUUACAGACUGAAAAAACACCAAGGGAGUCACACACAUAUUUCCUUUUGCAUAUUUGAAAUAUGCUGCUCUUGGCAUGCCGGUUCUGUUUGCCGACCUAAAUAUAUUGAAGAUACCUGGGAAUGGAGCAUCCCCGUCGUUCCCUUCCAAUUAAUUCAGGGUAAGCGACUAGCUAUUUAGAUUUAGAUUUUUUUUUUUCUGUGUUGGGUCUAGGUGUAGCCCCAUCUCUCUGGUUCUCCAUGAGUUAUUUUACAACUAUAGUUCUAUGGAGGUUAAUAAAUUCCAUUUAUAGCGGUGUAACAUUUAGCCAACACUUUGCCAUCACAAAACUUGUUUUCCUUCAUCUGCAAAAUCUGUUUAGUGAACAAUAAGGAAUUCUGUAUGUACAGCAUCAGUUAUCUUCAAUUAUCCAUUGACUUCUGUAGGAAAUCUGCCUGGUGUGGAACAUCUUUCUCUCUUUGGUUUUCCUCCAAUUGUUUGGUGAGGAGGACACGUUGUCCCUGGAGAUCAGUCUUGAAAAUUUCCAAUGUUUCUUCUGGGAAGCCCAGAUUGCUGUUAUCAAAUCACGCAUUUUGUUAUUCUCUCCCUGCAGCUUAAUGUUAAGCUCAUGAAGAUGUAAUGUGAUGUAAUGUCUGCCAAAAAAUGCAGCUGUUUGCGUUUUCGCUGUGUCUUCCCAAAAAACUGAGCUUGAAUGAACCAACAUGCUUGUAAACCUAGCCGUUCAGAAGUUUUUUGAUUUUGAUCCGUAUCAAGUCAUUGAGUUACCUUCUUACAGCACAGCUGGAGAUACUGUUAUAUCGAUUAUGUGAUGCAGUGGUAAUACACUGAUUGCAUAUUCUUACUUAAACACUAUUCUGUUCAUGAGACAUAAAUGCAUAAAUUAGCAUAAUUGGAUACGAUUGGCAACAGGGUUGAAUUUUUAGUUCUGGAGACCGAGAGAUGCUGAGAUGCAUUUGCUUGAUUGAUCACAUUUGACACACAAGACUUUCUUAAAUUAAUUUAUUGCUUUUUUUUUUUUUUUUAAAUCUCCAAGCCUGUAUUGAUCUUUUAUUUGGCCUGUGCACUCAAAGGGUUGUUCACUAAAGUAUAACUUCUUGGUAAUUUAAAAUGAUUUCAAAGAACACUGAAAAUAUUAUUUGAAAAUAACCAAGCUGGAAACAUAGCUGGAGUAUUUUUUUUCCUGUUCAACUAUUGUAAACAAUAUUUAAAAUUCCCUUUGAAAUAAAAAAAAUAAUUGUAAUAAAUUGAGCCAGAUGAUUACCCCCAUUGUGUAUUCAACUUUUAAAGUGUUACAUUAGGAAGUCUGUUAAAAAAAGCACCAUGCAAAAAAAAAAAAAAAAAAGAAAUGUAUUAGAACAUAGCAUUAGGAAUAAAUAGAAUUUUACAGUUUGAUUAUUUUUGAGUUUGUUGUGUGCUCAAAUAUUCUGUUUCUUGUACUUGUUUGGAAGAUGGAUAUUGUUGAGUAGAGGAGUGGCUGGGAUUCAGCCCAAAGCAGAACCUGAUAACCCCAACAGUGAAAUAGAGGUGAGGAUAUGUCAUGACUUAUCUCUGCAUCUCCAUGUUAUGUCCCCUUCUGCGUACCCAUGAUCAUUGUGUUGCUGAUGCUAACUUGGUUCUCAUUCUGUGGGCAGCCUGUUAUUUAAUACUUUGCAGACAUUUUGCCUACCUGGUAGAGCAGUGUACAACAAUGUGAUGUUACCAAGAACCCCUACCCAAAAAUUAUCUGGGUGCACCCCUCCCUCUUUCUUAGUACCCUGGUAAGGUAGUAUAUUAUUUGUCUUUCUUUUUAUGUCAGAUGGCUACUUUGUGUAAAAUGAAAAAUGAAAAUCUACUAAUAUAUACCUGCCCCUCCACUACCCGUACAUAGCCAGAGCUGAAGAGUCCCACAAAUGGGCCAGACCCCAAAGUCCCUCAGUAAGGCCUAUGCUGUAGAGACACCUCUUACAUUUCCUUGCAUAUUGCCUCUUACAUUUCCCUCAAUGUGCAUUCUGGGAUAUCAACUCCUUGCUAAUACUACUGUGUCAUGCUAAUCUUCCCAAUCACCCUUUUAACUAUCCUUGCUACUUAUUACGGAACAGUAUGAAAACAUAAAAUAAGUUUUGCAAUACGGGGAAUGCCGCCAAGGGCUGUAGCAUUCCCUUUAUUGUAAAAUCUAUUUUAUGGGUGAGUAGGUGUUCAGGAAUAUGGAUAUCAGUCACUCUGUUGUAUUACUCAAACAGAUGAAUCCGAAUGGCUAAUAGGAAGGUCUCCAGACUUUAUUGGUGUCUUUGGAGCUGAAUUGUAGUUUUUCACAUGUCUCAGCAUUACUCUAUUUUAAAGUGUCUCUGCCACCUUGUGGGGUCUUCAGAUAUUUAGCAAAUACCCCAAAUGCUUUGCCACUUGCAGUGAGGUGGCUGCAGGGACUAAGGGCAUGUCUUAUGUUAUAUUUUGACUGGUCUGGAAUUAAAUUGAAAUUCCAAAACAUUUCAUACAAAAUCUAUCUUCAUAAAAAUCUAUCUUUAUGAAAUUUUAAUUUUAGGUCCUCAUUGAUUGUCCAAAUGCACAAUAUUGAUUCUGUAUAUUCGUACUUUUACUUAAGGUUUUUACGUUACUAUACAAAUAAAUAACCUUUCUAUGAUUUACCACCAUGGAGCCUAGAAUAAUUUGUUUUAAAAAACUGUUACAAGGCGGCAGAGCCUGACUGCCAAGUGGAUCAGACGUGUGCCAUGAGAGCUUUUGCGUCUGGUAUCAAUGGCCUGGGGAUAUUCCCAGCCCAAAUGACAUUCCAUAGAACACCCAAGUGUGACUCUUGAAGAGGGGGCUUCAGUGAUCCACGGGACACCUCACUCAAGUUUCUCUGCAACUGACUGCCCAAAUUGCGGCCUUGCUGUCUACACGUGAGGGAGCUUGGGAGAGGUGGAUGCUCUCCCUGCUCUUCAGCUGGCUACAAGGAAACAGAAUUGUGCAAUCCCUCCCCCCCUUUGUACUGGUGGGGGUUAUCCCGGUCCAUAUUGUGUUGACUCAUGCAGCUCCUCGUACUCCAGGGGAAAACUUGAAAGCUACAGAGCGCCUCAAGAAGGUGGAUGAACCUACUUCAGUGGAACAGGCAUCAGACGUGCUACUUGAAGUCACUAAAAGCUCCUUGCUAGCAAUGGAAGCAAUGUUUGCCAACUUCUGGGCCCGGCUGGAGGAACGAUCAGCAGCCUCUGCUUGUCGGCCGCAGGAGUCAGGCCGCCAGAAGACACAUGGGCCCCUACGGGUGAAGCUGUCCACGAUGCUCCAGUCCCUCUCAUCAUGUAAACCCUUGGGCCAAGGGCUAAACGAGGGCUGA